AAAUAUGUUUCUUUUUAAUAUGUUUUCUUUUUAAUUGAUUUCGAAUUUUAUAUUUUGACGUUCGUUUAAAAUGAGUUUUAAGUUGAGAGUCGAGAGAAAAAAGAGGAACGACGAUGUAAUAAGAUGUGUUUUUUGUAAAAUGGUGUAAAUAUUAAAAACAGCGAUAGUUAACGAGUUUAUUUUUAUUUGAUCGAGCCACAACCCCACAAAAUCUCGUCCGGGAUAUUACCGAUCAUCAAAAAGGAGUACGACGACAACGACGAAUUUUUUUUAAGAAGAUUAAAACGAUGAUGAUUGAGAGCUUUGGGAAUCCGUUUUUGGCAAUAGAUUCGUUACCAAGAUUUACCGGAGACGAUGUUACCUAUACUGCAACCAGGUGGGCACAAGACAUUGAAGACAAUGCGCAAAUCUUUGCGUGGAACCCACAGCAAAAAUUAAUAAUAGCCCGGCGCUGUUUGUCCGGCACCGCAGAACUAUGGGCGAAGACGGAGAAAACUUUCGGCACAUACGAGGAAUUAAAAGCAGCUUUACUUAAAGAAUUCCCAGAAUCUGUAAAUUGUAAAGAAAUGCAUGAGAUGAUGAGUGGAAGGAAAAAACGACCGAACGAGACGUAUUAUCAAUAUAUGUUGAUAAUGAAAGAGUUGGGGAAGAGGGCCAAAUUCCCAGAUUAUGUGUCUAUACAAUAUAUAAUAGAUGGAAUAGAUGAUUACGAGGCAAACAAAAUUUUACUCUACGGUGUAACGACGUAUCCAGUUUUAAAAGAGAAAUUGAACCUGUACGAAACCUUUAAACAGAAACAGAAGCAGGAGUUUGAAAUGCGUCAACAUUCAGUGAGGCCAAGAGCAGUGGAAUGUGAUUUUAGAAAAACGCUACGAUGUUAUAAGUGCGGUGAGGCGGGGCAUUUAUCAAAUUCAUGCACACAAGGAGUGAAAUGUUUCAAAUGUAAUAGUUUUGGUCACAUUGGUAAAGAUUGUCAGAUGGCGGCGAUGAAGACACAAGCUCACGGCGCAGGCGCGAGCGGUAGCGGAAAUGACAGGAAGUGUCAUCCGGAUCGGUCAAUGUUCGUUCACGGAGGAUGUGACAACGACAGCAAUCAACGUCACGAAUGUCAACAGGUAUUAAAUGUAAACAAUAAUAGUCCGAUGGCGAAUAAAAGUGUAAAGCAGGAAAGCUGGGAAGAAGGAAGGCAUAGGCUGUUGUAUCAAAUAGGAAAGGGAGAAAAACACAUUUAGCUGUAGAUUAUAUGAAAAGAUGGCCUUAAUUUGAUUAUUCCUUAGUAGUAACGAUUUUGUUUUAGUUUAGUUUUGUUAUUUUGUGUAAUUUUAAGUUUGAUUUAUUGUUAGUCUGAGGGCAGACUAAAGCAGGAU